UUAUAAUAGAGGCUUGGUUGAAAUUAUUAUUUUAAUACGUAAAGGGAUUUCACAACCCGACUAUGUUCACACACAACACAGCAGAUCUGUGAGAGUGGGGUCAAGUCGAGCGCCGUGCAACCAAGACGCGGAAGAAUGUAGUGUUUGGGAACUCUGGGAGUUGUAGUCCUCUGCCUACCCACUCACCAAAGCGGACUGAGCUUGAUUUUGCUGCAAGACUACAACUCCCAUGUGCCAUUGUGGACACGCACGUGUAAGGGCUGGAAACGUGGCUGAUUCAAGUGCUGCUGGGCAGCAAGCAUCUCAAUGAUCAGUCGGAGUCUGGAUCUGAUCGGAGGGAUCAGGAAUCUGGAGCAGCGAGGUCACAGUCCAGCCACUGCUGGAGCAGCGAGGUCACAGUCCAGCCACUGCUGGAGCAGCGAGGUCACAGUCCAGCCACUGCUGGAGCAGCGAGGUCACAGUCCAGCCACUGCUGGAGCAGCGAGGUCACAGUCCAGCCACUGCUGGAGCAGCGAGGUCACAGUCCAGCCACUGCUGGAGCAGCGAGGUCACAGUCCAGCCACUGCUGGAGCAGCGAGGUCACAGUCCAGCUACUGCUGGAGCAGCGAGGUCACAGAGGUCACAGUCCAGCUACUGCUUUCCAGCACAGUUCGCGAUGGCGGACGCCCUGAGUCCCGUGAGCGGCGCCUGCCUGCCCCCCAGAGAGGGGGAGGAGGGGCCUGACCCUGGGGAGAGCCCCAGCGAGGGGGAGAGCCCGAGCAUGGGGCCCCACACAGAGGGCAGGAAGAGGCACCGGCGGCGGCCCUCCAAGAAGAAGCGUCGCUGGAAGCCGUAUUUCAAGCUGUCCUGGGAGGAGAAGAAGGAGCUGGACGAGCGUGAGACGGCGCGGGCCUCCCGGGUGCGGGAGGAGAUGUUCGCCAAGGGCCUGCCGGUCGCCCCCUACAACACCACGCAGUUCCUGAUGGAGGAGCACGACCGGGAAGAGCCCGACCUCAAGACCGAGCUGGGGGCGCGGAGGCCGGCUGGGGUCAGCCGCUCCGAGGACACGGCCAGUGAGGAGGAGUCCGUGGAGCCAGAGGAGGAAGAGGAUGGCAGCGGGGGCAGUGACGGCAUGGGCAGAGCCGGGGACGGAGGCGGAGAGUUCCUGCAGAGAGACUUCUCCGAAACCUACGAGAAAUACCACGCCGAGAGCCUGCAGAGCAAGAGCAAACAGGAGCUGGUGCGGGAGUACCUGGAGCUGGAGAAGUGCCUCUCCCGCCUGGAGGACGAGAACAACCGGCUGAGGCUCCGGCUGAGCAAGAGUGGCGACAGCCCCGCAGCAGAGAGCCCCAGGGUGAGAGAGCUGGAGGGGGAGCUGGAGAGACUUAGGGCGCUCAACACAGAGCUGAGCACCGAGAACGAGGGCUGGAGACGGGGGGAGAGGGGACUCGCUGGCUCCACGGCGGAAUGAACUCUAAAAACAACAAACGAGGGGGAGGGGGAGGGGGAGGGGGGUGAAGAAACACAAUGUGAGGACUGCAGUUUUAAUUUAGCUUCUUGAGGAUGUUUUGCUGGUGGAAAGUUUUAUUAUGUGUAUUUUUUAAUUGUAGAAAUCUUAAUUGGAGGGCUGGAGCUUAAACCCUUUUGCUGUACUCGCCUUUCUUUAUUAUAUACAAUCUCCCACUGAAAGAAAACUGCAGUGAAAUCCAUAGUUACUUUUGCGCAUAUUAUUUACAAAAAAAUAUAAUGUAAUACAAAUAAAAAAUAAAAUAAAUCA